UCGCGUACGGGCCGUGUUUUACGAAACGGAAUAUUUUACUACACCGAUCUCAAAAAACAAACAUCGAUCCCGUAUGUGGAAAUGUUUGGAUAAGUGCCUAUUCAUCUAAUGAGAGCCAUGGCGCGCAUAGUAGUGGCUGGAGGAGCAUUGCUCUACAUCCUUAGUAUAGCGGUAGAGACCAGUGCUCUCAUUCUUCUACCGCACGACGUUCGCCCUGGGCACGCCGUUCGCCAUUUCACUGGAAACCACACUCGCUACACCCUUCUCGACCCUGAAUUCACGUCAUAUUUCACCCUUUUGGAUGAUGGCUUACUUAUGACUACAGCUGAUCUCACACCACUCUUGAAUCAACCAUUAAACCUAGCCAUCUUGGAAAGAACACCGUAUAGCAGUUCAGCACAUUCAUUACACUUGUUAGUUAUGGAUCGUAGAAAAAUGCUCAGUUUUACUACAAUCAAUGGCCUUCGUGGAGAGAUCCCAGAAAAUUCACCUGAAGGCACAGUGGUAGACUUGCCACCGAUAAGAGCGACUGCCCUCCUUAAUAUUGGCCGUAUUGCUUACAAAAUCAUUAAGGGAAAUGAUGAUUCUACCUUCGCUCUACGAGAUAAAGAUACAGGGCCAAACUAUGACCUAAAAUCAGUCGUUACUGAAGGUGACGUGGAAAUAGUGGCUUUGCGACCUCUUGACUCUGAAACUAAAAAUCUUUAUGAUUUUACAAUUCAGGCAACCGAUUUACAUGGAGUGAGUAAAGCUAGUUUGCCAAUUACAGUUAGCGUAUUGAAUGAAAACGACCACGAGCCGGUAUUCGAUCAAGAAUUGUAUUAUUUCACUGUUAAUGGGACUCUUGAUAAGAAUGUAAACAAUGGUACAGCACAUUGGCCAAGAUUUUCUAACAUUGGUAUAGUUCACGCCUCUGAUUCUGAUGGUGAUCGUGUCUACUAUUCAAUAAAAACUCCAACUAAUUUAGCUGUCAUUGUACCACAAACUGGAGAGUUAAUACUCGCAGGAGAACCAGAUGGUUAUGAUGCUGAAUUGUUAGUAAUAGCCCAUGAUGUUGGAACGCCUUCUAAAAAGAGUAAACCGGCUCAAGUAUUUCUGGAAUUUGUGGUUCGGGAAGAAAGAGAAUUGCCAACUCUUCACCGAGAGAAGCGGCGUGUAACACGCGCUGUUCGGCCCACUAAAAGGAUAGAAUUCACUGAAGCUGACGGUGAAGUAGAAGGGCGUGCAGUUUUCACACUGGAAAAGGAAACCGACCGCGAAACCUUUAAAAUUCGAGAUGAAAAUCCGUGGGUUACAGUGGAACCGAGUGGUGUUGUGAAAGUUAAAAAGAAGUGGGACUUUGAAGAGCUUGGACCUGAGAAAACUAUCGACUUCUGGGUGACUAUCACGAAUGCCGGAAAUGGAGUGGCCUUGAAAUAUACAGACAACCAGCGCGUGAUCAUUCACGUAAAAGACGUGAACGAUGAGCCUCCAUACUUCAUCAACCGGCCGCUGCCAAUGCAGACUGUGGUCCAACUCAAUGCAGCCCCCAACACACCAGUCUUUACUCUUCAAGCGAGGGAUCCUGAUACAGAUCACAACAUCCACUACUUCAUAGUCAGAGAUAGAACUGGAGGGAGAUUCGAGGUUGAUGAGCGGUCAGGUGUCGUCCGUACGAGGGGAACUGAUCCAUUUCAACUAGACAUGGAGUAUGUGCUGUAUGUGAAAGCGGAAGAUCAGAGUGGUCGUGUAGAUGAAAGGCGGUUCCAGUCAACGCCCGAAGAACGGCUUAGCAUAGUUGGUGGAAAGCGAGCUCCACAAUUCUACUUGCCGAGUUAUGAAGCGGAAAUUGCGGAAAAUCAGAAAAAAGAUUCUGAUAUAAUUUCGGUAAAAGCGAAGUCAUUCGCUGACCGUGAAAUCCGUUAUACGCUGAAGGCUCAGGGGCAAGGAGCAGGAACAUUCAACAUUGGUCCUACAUCUGGUAUCGUGAAGCUAGCUAAAGAAUUAGAUUUCGAAGACCUGAGACAACCGCAUGUGUACUCUCUGGUGGUCACCGCGACAGAAGAUUCAGGAGGAUUUUCCACAUCUGUUGAUUUAACAAUACGCGUCUCUGACGUCAAUGAUAACGCUCCGAAGUUCGAGUUACCAGACUACCAAGCACACAACGUCGAUGAGGACAUUCCGCUGGGCACAAGCAUCCUUAAAGUUAAAGCUAUGGACGCUGACUCUGGGAAGAACGCGGAGAUUGAAUAUUUAGUUUCAGAUGAUCACUUCAGUGUCGAUUCAAACGGAAUCAUCACUAACAACAAGCAGUUGGAUGCUGACAAUAACAACGCUUACUACGAGUUUGUGGUAACAGCAAAGGAUAAGGGAGAACCAGCAAAAACUGGAACGGCUACAGUUAGAGUAUAUACGAAGAACAAGAACGAUGAAGAACCUAAAUUUUCUCAACAAGUAUAUACGCCUAAUGUAGAUGAAAAUGCAGGUCCCAAUACUUUGGUCACCACUGUUGUUGCGUCAGAUAAAGAUGGGGAUAAUGUUCGCUUUGGUUUCGUCGGAGGUGGCACGAGCUCAGGCCAAUUCGUAAUUGAAGAAAUAACUGGAGUCAUACGAUUACACAAUAAAGCUAUAUCGUUGGACAGAGAUAAGUAUGAGCUGAAUGUCACAGCUUUGGAUGAUGGCGCAUGUUGUGUUAACGGUGAUGCGACCAUACACACGUCUACUGCAGUCGUCGUAGUAUUUAUUACUGAUGUAAAUGAUAACAAGCCGAUUUUUAAGGAUUGUCCAACGUAUUUCCCUAAAGUCGAAGAAGGUGCACCGAAUGGUAGUCCUGUGAUAAAAGUACACGCCACGGACGAAGAUAAAGGAGUUAAUGGUCAAGUCAAAUAUUCCAUUGUACAGCAACCAAAUCAAAAGGGUACAAAAUUCACGGUUGACGAAGAAACAGGUGAAGUGUCCACGAACAAAGUGUUCGAUAGGGAAGGGGAUGAUGGGAAGUUUGUUUCAGUUACAGUCAAAGCUACAGAUCAAGGGGACCCAUCGUUGGAAGGCGUCUGUUCCUUCACCGUUGAAAUCACCGAUGUCAACGAUAAUCCACCUUUGUUCGAUCGACAAAAAUACGUCGAGAACGUAAAACAAGAUGCUAGUAUAGGCACAAAUAUCUUAAGAGUAUCAGCAUCUGACGAAGAUGCUGAUAAUAAUGGAGCGAUCGUUUAUACUUUGAGCGCUCCUUAUAAUCCAGCUGACAUAGAAUACUUUGAGAUCCAACCUGAAUCAGGAUGGAUAGUCUUAAAGAAACCGUUAGACCGAGAGACGUACAAGUUGGAGGCUAUGGCUCAAGACAAGGGCUUCCCGCCCUUGUCCAGAACCGUGGAGGUCCAGAUAGACGUAGUGGAUCGCGCAAACAAUCCCCCCGUUUGGGACCACACAGUUUACGGCCCGAUCUACAUUCGAGAGAAUAUGCCCGUCGGUGGCAGAGUGGUGUCCGCUAAAGCAAGCUCCGGCAUUGAAAACAACCCAACCGUAUUUUACCGGCUGAUGCCCGGCUCCACGGCUCAAACGAACAAAUUCCACACUUUCUAUUUACAACAAAGAGCUGAUAAUGGAUUUACUUGGGCCGAUAUUAAAGUGAAUCAUCCCUUGGACUAUGAGAGCAUUAAGGAAUACAAUUUGACAAUACGAGUCGAGAACAACGGAGCGCAGCAACUAGCGUCAGAGACAACAGUAUAUAUUAUGCUUGAAGAUGUCAACGAUGAGAUUCCUUUAUUCACUGAGCGAGAACAAGAGACGGUGCUUGAAGGGGAACCCAUAGGUACCAAGGUCACGCAGGUCAACGCUAUUGACAAGGACGGGACUUUCCCAAAUAACCAGGUGUAUUACUACAUUGUGGACUCGCCGCGCAACGAAGGCAAGGACUUCUUCGAGAUCAGCAUGCAGACUGGAGAAAUCUUCACAAAAGUGGUGUUUGACAGAGAAAAGCAAGGCGCUUACGCUUUGGAAGUAGAGGCAAGAGAUGGAGCCCCUUCAGCGCGACCGAAUUCAGAGAACCAGCCGAAUUCAGUGACAAAAUUCAUCCGUAUUGGAAUAGCAGACAAGAAUGACAACCCGCCGUAUUUCGAUAAGGAGCUGUACGAAGCUGAGGUCGACGAAAAUGAAGAUAUACAACACACUGUUCUCACAGUCACCGCCAAAGAUCACGACGAAUCGUCGCGUAUUCGAUAUGAGAUCACGAGCGGGAACAUAGGUGGAGCUUUCGCCGUCAAAAACAUGACUGGCGCCAUCUACGUUGCAGGAGCUCUAGACUAUGAAACAAGGAAACGGUAUGAGCUGAGGUUGGCUGCAUCCGACAACUUAAAGGAAAACUACACAACAGUUGUGAUUCACGUCAAGGAUGUCAACGAUAAUCCGCCAGUGUUCGAGAGACCCACAUACCGAACCCAAAUCACAGAAGAAGAUGACCGCAAUCUACCCAAACGCGUCCUUCAGGUUACUGCUACCGAUGGCGAUAAAGACCGUCAACAAAAUAUCGUUUAUUUCUUGACGGGGCAGGGUAUUGAUCCUGAUAACCCGUCGAAUAGCAAAUUUGAUAUAAACCGAACCACAGGAGAAAUAUUUGUUCUAAAGCCUUUAGACCGUGACCAGCCAAACGGAAGACCUCAGUGGAGAUUUACAGUUUUUGCUCAAGACGAAGGAGGCGAAGGACUGGUCGGUUAUGCCGAUGUUCAAGUCAAUCUUAAAGAUAUCAACGAUAAUGCUCCCAUUUUCCCUCAAGGUGUUUACUUCGGAAACGUGACUGAAAAUGGAACUGCUGGAAUGGUUGUUAUGACAAUGACGGCUAUUGAUUAUGAUGAUCCUGCGGAAAGUAACAAUGCUAAGCUCUGGUACUCUAUAGAGAAAAAUGUUAUUGAAGAAGAAACUGGGUCUCCCAUAUUUGAAAUUGAACCUGAAACUGGUGUUAUAAAAACGGCCGUUUGUUGUUUAGACCGUGAAAGGACACCGGAUUAUUCUAUACAAAUAGUAGCUUCAGAUGGAGGGGGGUUAAAGGGUACUGGUACAGCAUCCAUUCGCGUUAAAGAUAUAAAUGAUAUGCCACCACAAUUUACAAAAGACGAAUGGUUUACUGAAGUAGAUGAAACAGAUGGUACUAAUCUUCCUGAAAUGCCUAUUCUUACUGUUACCGUUCAUGACGAAGACGAGACAAAUAAAUUUCAAUAUAAAGUUAUCGAAAAUAGUGGGUAUGGUGCUGAUAAGUUUACUAUGGUUAGAAAUAAUGACGGAACCGGGUCACUAAAAAUUGUACAACCCUUAGAUUAUGAGGAUCAAUUACAAAGUAAUGGUUUUAGGUUUAGAAUUCAAGUUAACGAUAAAGGUGAAGACAACGACAAUGACAAAUAUCAUGUAGCUUAUUCGUGGGUAGUAGUAAAGUUAAGAGAUAUAAAUGACAAUAAACCCCAGUUUGAUAGAGCAAAUAUUGAAGUAUCAGUUUAUGAAAACGCAGAGGUUGGAAAGAGUUUAGAAACCUUUAAAGCAACUGAUCCUGAUCAAGGAGGUAAAAGUAAAGUUUCCUAUGCAAUCGAUAGAUCUUCGGAUAGAAAACGUCAGUUCUCAAUAAACCAAGAGGGAACUGUAAGUAUACAGCGGUCUUUAGAUAGAGAAGAAACACCUAGGCAUCAAGUUAAAAUAUUAGCCAUUGAUGAUGGUCUGCCACCAAGAACUGCAACUGCUACGCUAACAGUUAUAGUGCAAGAUAUAAAUGAUAACGCACCUACAUUUUUAAAGGAUUAUAGACCUGUAUUAACUGAACAUAUAACUCCUAAAAAGGUUGCUGAAAUCUUAGCUACUGAUGAUGAUGACAGAUCAAAGAGCAAUGGUCCGCCAUUCCAAUUCAGACUAGACCCAGGUGCUGAUGAUAUUAUCAGAGCUUCCUUUAAAGUUGAACAAGAUCAAAAGGGUGCUAAUGGUGACGGAAUGGCUAUCGUAUCAUCGUUAAGAUCCUUUGAUAGAGAACAACAAAAGGAGUACCUUAUUCCUAUCAUUAUUAAAGAUCACGGUAAUCCUGCAAUGACUGGAACAAGCACUUUAACGGUUGUGAUUGGUGAUGUGAAUGACAAUAAAAUGCAACCUGGUUCUAAAGAUAUACUUGUGUACAGUUACCAAGGUCAAGCUCCAGAUACUGAAAUAGGUAGAGUAUAUGUCUAUGAUCUUGAUGACUGGGAUUUGCCAGACAAAAAGUUCUUUUGGGAAAGUACUGAACACCCUAAUUUCACCUUAAAUGAAGAAACUGGUAUGAUACAAAUGAAGCAUAAAACUCGAGAAGGUCGAUAUCACUUGAAAUUCAAAGUUUAUGAUCGAAAACACACGCAAACUGAUGUACCUGCAAACGUUACAGUUUAUGUAAAAGAAAUAUCGCAUGAUGCUAUUAUAAACUCAGGAUCAAUACGAAUGUCGGGAAUAUCGGAUGAAGACUUUAUAAGAGUAUGGAAUUAUAAAACAUUAAGCGUUUCGAGAAGCAAGUUGGAUAUAUUUAAAGAUAAAUUGGCAGAUUUAUUGAACACGGAAAGAGAAAAUAUCGAUGUAUUCAGUGUACAGCUCAGGAAAAAACAUCCACCAGUUACAGAUAUUCGCUUUUCCGCUCAUGGAGCACACUAUUAUAAACCAAUUCGACUUAAUGGUAUAGUUUUAAUGCAUAGAGAAGAAAUCGAAAGAGCUGUUGGAAUAAAUAUAACAAUGGUUGGAAUUGAUGAAUGUUUAUAUGAAAAUCAUGCAUGCGAGGGUUCCUGUACUAAUGUUCUCGAUAUAAGUAACUUACCUUACAUGGUGAAUGCAAAUAAAACCGCACUUGUAGGAGUUCGUGUUGAUGUUCUUGCAGAAUGCACAUGUGGCGCAAGAAAUUUCACUCAAGCAGAAACAUGCCGUAAUUCCCCUUGCUAUAACGGAGGGAGAUGUAUAGAAGGUAAAUAUGGAUUAACAUGUUCUUGUCCUCCGGGUUACACCGGUCCAAGGUGUCAACAAACGUCACGCAGUUUCAGAGGCACUGGAUGGGCAUGGUAUCCGUCUUUAGAAAUGUGCGAUAGCUCCCACUUAAGCUUCGAGUUCAUAACUAGAAAGUCAGAAGGUGUACUUUUAUAUAACGGCCCAAUUGUACCACCGGAACCCGAAGAAAUUAUGGUAUCGGACUUUAUAUCGGUAGAGUUAGAGAGAGGCAACCCAAGAUUACUUAUAGAUUUCGGAUCUGGCACGCUGGAACUCAGAGUAAAAACUAAAAAGCCUUUAGAUGAUGGAGAAUGGCAUCGCUUAGAUAUAUUCUGGGAUACUGAAAAUGUAAGAAUGGUUGUAGAUUUCUGUAGAUCUGCUGAUGUACAAGAGAUGGAGGAUGGUACACCUCCGAAUUUUGAUGAUUCAACCUGUCAAGCUACGGGAACUAUUCCUCCUUUUAAUGAAUACUUAAACGUUAAUGCACCACUUCAAAUUGGAGGUCUGUAUAUCGAACACUUUGACCCUACUCAUUAUCAUUGGCAGUUUAUGCCUAUUGGUAAAGGAUUUGAUGGGUGUAUAAGAAACCUCAUUCACAACAGUAAACUAUAUGACCUGGCUCAUCCUGGACUUUCAAGAAAUUCAGUUGCUGGCUGUCCCCAAACAGAAGAAAUAUGUAAUCAAGCAGAUACUACAUCUAGAUGUUGGGAACAUGGUACUUGUGUGGGUAGCUUCUCUGAAGCGAGAUGUCAAUGCCAACCUGGUUGGACAGGACCAUCGUGUAAUUUGCCAACUACGCCUACUAGCUUUAGGCCUCAAAGCUACGUGAAGUUUGCUUUAAGUUUUGAACCUGACCGAUUUAGUACUCAGAUUCAACUUCGAUUCAGAACGCGUGAGCCUCACGGUGAACUUUUUAGAGUAAGCGACCAACAUAACCGAGAAUAUGGCAUACUGGAAGUUAAGGAAUCACGACUGCACUUCAGAUUUAACUUGAACUCUUUGCGAACUGAAGAACGAGAUGUUUGGUUAAAUUCAGUAGCUGUAGAUGAUGGACAAUGGCAUAUUGCCCGCGUAAGCCGAUACGGUAGUGCCGCUACACUAGAAAUAGAUGGUGGAGAGGGUAGAAGAUAUAACGAAACCUUUACAUUUGAGGGCCACCAAUGGCUUUUAGUAGAUAAACAAGAAGGUGUGUAUGCUGGCGGUAAAGCAGAAUAUACUGGAGUAAGAACAUUCGAAGUCUAUGCUGAUUUCCAAAAAGGAUGCUUGGAUGAUAUACGCUUAGAAGGCAAACAUCUACCGUUGCCUCCGGCAAUGAACGGUACUCAGUGGGGACAAGCAACUAUGGCAAGAAACUUGGACCGCAACUGCCCGUCUAAUAGCCCUUGUAUCAACGUUCACUGCACGGAACCGUUUGUAUGCGUGGACCUGUGGAACGAGUACGAAUGCACUUGCGGUGAGGGUUUGGUAUUGUCAACGGACGGUAAAGGUUGCGUUGACAAGAAUGAGUGUCUCUACUUCCCGUGCCGCAACGGCGGCUCCUGUGUCAACCGGGAGCCCGGCUACCGCUGUCAUUGCCCUGAAGGGUUUUGGGGCGAGAACUGCGAGCUUGUCCAAGAGGGCCGCACGCUCAAACUCAGCAUGGGCGCUCUCGCGGCGAUUCUCGUCUGCCUUCUAAUAAUAAUGAUUCUGGUUCUGGUAUUCGUGGUAUACAAUCGUCGGCGAGAGGCUCACAUCAAGUACCCUGGCCCCGAUGAUGAUGUGCGGGAGAACAUCAUCAACUACGACGACGAAGGAGGUGGUGAGGACGACAUGACGGCCUUCGACAUCACUCCUCUACAAAUACCUAUUGGGGGACCGCUCCCAGAUCAUGUUCCAACCAAAUUACCUUAUCCUCUGAUGAGUGUUGGCCUAGGAGUUGGUCCAAUGGGUGUAACCGUGGCUCCACCACUCGGCGUUUCCUUGCCCGGCGAGACUAAUGUUGGAAUGUUCAUUGAGGACCAUAAAAGGCGGGCGGAUAGUGACCCUAAUGCCCCACCUUUUGAUGACCUGAGGAACUACGCCUAUGAGGGCGGCGGCAGCACUGCUGGAUCGUUGUCUUCGUUGGCUUCUGGCACUGAUGAUGAGAAUCACGAAUACGGCUACCUUACUGCAUGGGGCCCUCGCUUCGACAAGUUGGCUGACCUCUACGGACCCGAACUUGACGAACAACUGUAGAUUUGCAAAUAGUUCGAACGGACUUCCCGCGCCUAAAAACAUCGCGCAGAUUAGUCAAUUGUCUCCCUUAUUUUAACUACGACAGGGAGUGAUGAGUUUUUGUUACAGUCUAGGCAAUUCGAUACGCACCUGUCGCGUGGGCUGUGCUCACUAUCAAUUAUUUAAAUUUAUUAAACGUGUUAGCUUAAGAGCGUUGACGUACUCUACGUCGCUACGUAUAAUCUUCACCAAAUAUUUGAUAUAAGUUUUUAUUCGUGUUAGCCAUAAACAUUAUGAGUCAGUAUUUUAUUGGAAGUUGGAAUAAUGGAUUUCUGCUGGAGGGCCAUAAGCGAAUAAUGGGUGUUUGUAGAUAGUGUGCUAUAAAUGUGAAUAAUUUAUACGAGUAUUUUGUAAGUCCGCAGCUUUACGUGAUAUCUCUCAGCUUACGGCCCUUCCGCAACAAAUCGAUACCUACUAUGAAAAUAUAUGUUAUAUUUUAUAUUAAUAAUAGUAUUUAAUAAAAUUCGUACAGACGUCGAGUUUAUAAUGCUCAUUCGGUAUGAAAUAAUCGCCGGGGGAUGUACAUAUAAUUAUUUAAAAACCUACCCCUAUUAGUUUUAAUAAAAAUCGACAACUCUAUUCGAAUAUGUUCGUAAGUGUACAGUAACUGGUGUUCCUCUCCGAAAGUCUCCAUUUGUAGCGUAGUGUGUAGAUUACCUGUAAGCCUGCGGGCUCGUUGAGAAUUAAUAAAAUACUUAGAUUAACGGUGGGGUGUUACUGUCGAGCGUCGUAAGAGCGACAACACCUGAGGUGUUUGCGAGUGGAGUGAUUGUGGCUCGCAGAAGUCAGCCGUCCGCUACUCACAAGACGCAACACUCUGUCAGCACCGUCUCAGGCAGUAACGGACGAAGGACUCUGCACGGAUAUGGAUGAGACAGUGCCAAUUUAUGCAUACAUGUCGAUGCAGCUAAUAUGAUAAGUGUUUGCACUUUAUUUAUUCAUAUAUUUACGUAUAAAUUUAGUCGCACCUAGGAAAAUAUCAAUAACUUACUAAGAGUGUUGUGCUAGAUUUAUGUUAUCGAUUUUGACGUGAGAUAGUCGACGGAACCGUUAGAAGUCACUAAUUUAAAUCUAAUUUAUAAGAAUUUAUAGUAAAAUUAAAAUUAUUAAAGGUUUCGCAAAUACUGUCUCACUUCGACAUCGAAUUAGGAUCAGUGUAAAUUUUAGAAUAUAUUGAUUAUUGUGUUAAAAUGACUGAUUUUUAUUAUUCGUUUGAAAGCCUAAGAUUGCGUAGACUCGGUUAUUUCUUUACUUAAUAUAGACUCCAACAUCUACUGUAAGAACACUCUAGUUUGCACCCAAGACGAAUAUUCAGGUCUCAAUAAAGCAAUUCUCGUUAAUUACUAUUCUUGUAAGUAGACGUUUAGUAGUUAGUCCGAGAUUGAUAUUCUAGGUUUUAUUGUUCUUUUAAAAUAUCAUUACACUGCCAGUAAUCAUAGACGAAGUACGAUAGGUUUUGGUCCGAUUUUAUAUUUUUCUUGUAUACAUUAAUAUUGUAAUUACCUACAUUUAAGUUUUUGAACUUUUUUAUAAUGAACGUGAUGCUCCGCUUUCAACUGAUUCGUGCUAAAAAUGCACAAACUCUUGAUUUAGCCUCUGCGUUGUCUCGAAACGUGUACCUUUAAAAUUUACUACGUUUAUACCAAAGAUACUUAUGUCUGUAUAUAUCCAAUGCUGUUGUCAUGUUUCCGGCAAAAUUACUGUUGUUUACAUUAAAGCGAAAUCGUUUGUGUUCAGAAUUUAUGCAUGAGUAACGUUCGUUGCAGCUGCCGCAGCUUUUAAAGAUAGGUACACACGACGCACUCUAGAUAAUAUUUUGAUAAUUACAGUAAGUACACUAAUUAAGACGGCAGAGCACACAAUUCCAGUACAAACAAUUAAAUGCGGAAAUGACAUCGUACACCUAAUUUUAUUUUAGACAUUAAUUAAACCUAAAUAGUUAUGUUUUGUUUCAACUGUGAUUAUUUAGUUGUACAACUCUAAAAUUACAAUAAAGAAUAA